UUCAAUGUGAAAUUGAAUAUAAGAAUGGACGUCCAGAAUUUCGAAUUUUAUUUGGCCCAUCUUUUAAACAUGUACUCAAAUCAGAUGAGUCAGCUAGCAAGGUCGCAACAGAGUAUGAUAAGUUAAAAGCCGAUCAAUAUUCGCAACCAUCACUUAAUCAUCACGCAAAAAUAGUUACAACAACAAUCAAAGAAACAUUUAUUCAGAGCAUAAAAUCUAAUUACCAUAACCAGAACUUCAUUAAAUUAAAGUCAUUCGAAUAUAUCAUCAAUAAUCAAAAUUAUUUUAUUAAUUUUGAAAAGGAUAAUCCUGCACAAAAAAAGGCCAAACUUUUAAGUAUAGUAAAUGUAAUGGAUUCAAAAAUGGCUAAAGGUAUUCUGAUUAAACUUAUUAAUAUGAAUACAAUUAUAACGGAGGAGAGUUCUGAUAUGAAUGAAGAUUCCAAUAAUAUAGAUGAAGAAUUCGAUAAUUUAGAUAAUGAACCUAAUAAUUUAGAUUCUGAUACAAUUAAUAAUAUUAUGAAUUCUAUGGAUAUAGUCGAAAAAUAUGAAUCUCUUAAAUUCAUAUUAAGCCCAUUUCUUAACGAUUUUAAAGAUCUUAAGCUUAAUGGAUUAGAG